GCGGACGCCGCUCACCCACACACCCACACACACACACGAAAACUUACGCACACACUGACGUGGAAACUUACACACAGACACGAUAUAUGACACUAUAUAACGUACGGUGGGACGACGCGCGCGCGCACACGCAUACAGACGGUACUGGCGGGCACUCACACGCGCGCGCGAAAGCUCACGGCAGCCAGUGCCUUCUACAGUCGUCGUCGACGCCGCCGCCGCCGCUGGCAAAAACAAACUUUAAUUUCAAAUAAAAUUCUCGUCCGGUACCAUCUCACACUGUCGUCGCCGUCGUCAUCGUCGCUAUAAUAAUAAUAUAACAUAUUAUACCGCGCAUAUCACGCUAGCCCGGUGUACCCUUAUUCGUUAUCAUAAUACCACAUACCUACGCAUAGGUGCCACCGAGAAAAUUCUAUACCUGCGACCGAAGAGGAAUAUAUGUUACAUCCAUUCGCCGCGCAGCGCAGGUCCUAAGACAUAACUAUACGCUGCAGCUGAGUCGCCACUGCUGCACUCAGGCGCGCAUAUACUAUAUUAUAAUAUAGGCAGUCGUCGUCGUACGACUCGCACAUUCGGCGUACAGCAGCGACCGUAGUCGAUUCAUUCCGAUCGCUUUACGGGCAAAAUGGCCGAUGGAACAGGCGCUGGACUUACCGCCGGAGAUGACACAGUGGUCGGAGGCCCAAAGACACCACAGCAAAUCGCGGCGCAAAAGCGAUUGCAACAAACACAAGCACAAGUCGAUGAGGUGGUGGAUAUUAUGAAGACGAACGUGAUGAAGGUACUGGACAGGGAUCAAAAACUCUCCGAACUGGACGACAGAGCAGAUGCAUUACAACAAGGGGCAUCGCAAUUUGAACAACAGGCUGGAAAACUAAAGAGGAAAUUUUGGCUACAAAAUUUAAAGAUGAUGAUCAUAAUGGGAGUUAUUGGUCUCGUAAUAUUAGCCAUUAUAGUUGCUUGGUUUUCGGAUGAAUAGGUAACAAACUUCGAUGCGAGCCACCACACACAGUGACAACCGAUCAACCGUCAAAAACGUGACUCUUUAAAUGAUAAAGAAACUGAAGGUGCAUUAAAAUAAAAAUAAAACUUAUAGAUAUAUAUACAAUAUACAUAUAUAUAUAUAUAUACUAAAAAUACAUAAAUAUCGCUUUGAAAAACUGCCCCUGCCCCCCAAAAAAAAUAAAUACUAUCGUAAUAAUCGUUUAAAAUGAUUUUUGUUAUACAGACUCACAAAUUUACAUGAGAUAGGUACACGUACCUCCCUAUACGGCUAUUUCCAUAAAAAUAAAUAAAAAAUAACCACAUGUACUUAUCUGUAUAUAUAUUAUAUAUAACGUGUAUGUAUGUGUAUGGGUGUGUGUAUACUUUAUUUAAUACCAAAGUAUACGAAUUCUUGAUGAGUUAAACAAGAAAUACAAAUAUCCAUAUAACUAAAACGAUAGAAUAUCCUUUUGUAAAUAUUACUUAAAACUAUUUUAUAUAAUGUACAUGUCUAUCAUCACAUAUUAUAGGACUAUAACGGAGUUUGUAUUCCUUCACUAUAUAAUAUAUUUUAUUGAACCAUAAAAAUUGGGUAGGAUUCUCAACAUAUUACCUACGCUACAAUAAUAUUAUACUCAUAUGUACAUUAUUAUUAUAUGUAUGAAAACCUAUUCAUUGUUAUUUUAUAGAGUACUUAUAUAUUUAUAUGAGUAUUGUUUGUACUUAUAAUAUUUAUAUCCGCUUAUUUAAAUUUGAAUAAUUUAUUAUAUGUAUGGGAAAAACAACAGCUAAGCAUAAUAUAAUCUAUCAAAUUGUGAUAAACAUUGUGGCAAAAUAAAUUUGUUUUCAGAUAAUUUAAAAUCAUAAUACACGUAACGCGUAACCCUGGGUCUAAUAUUAAAGGAUUAUUCAUCAAUCGUCAAUUAAUUUUGUUUAAAAAAUAAACUUUUUACGAACAUUUCCGAUAAAAUGAAGUCCCUCGUCUUUGAACAAAUUGAUAUUAUAAUAAAAUAGCAAUAAAGAAAACAACUUAAAAAUAUGUUUAAUCGUUAUAUUAUACGUUUAUAUAAGUAGACGUAUUUACGUAGGAAUUUAAAAUAAUAAUCAUGUACAUUCCCAUUUUUAAUAGGUAUCCAAUGAUUUGUAUUCAGAUAUUUAAUACACCUGGAAAAGACAGUAAAAAGCAUUUUAACAUCAAAAGUACCUAGUUAAAUAAAUAGGUUUAUUUUCAAACUAACAUUUUUAUUUAGGUAGGUAUUUAUUGAAGGUUUAUUAUAAAUUAUUACGCAGAACUGUUUUUUUUCUUUCGUUCAUUCAAUGAGGUUCGUUCAUCCUAUGAUAAUAUGUGUAUUGUGCAUAAUAUAGAAUUUUCAUUGUUAUUAAAAAUAUAUCGGAUAGCACCUAUAUAAUAUUAUCUAGGCGUGAUGAGUUUAAGCUUAGUUUAUGAAAUACAGAUCAUGCAUUAAUGCAUAAUAUUACUAAUAAAUAAAUAAAUAAAUUAUAUCACUUGUUAUAGCCGUAGUAAUUUCGGUGCGGCGGGAACACCCAUCCAUUACUUAAGACUAUUUUCGUUUUUAAGUAAGAACAUUGUGCUUCUGUGAUUUUUUCAACUUUUAAUUAUUGAUCUACUCGCAAAGAUCAAGGCAAUACCAAAAAUUCCGAAAAUCUAAAAAUCGCUUUAGUCUGUGGUUAAUUUAGAACAACUAUUAACGAAAAAAUCUUGGGAACCUAUUCUAUAAUGCCCACCUUAUCUAUAAUGACCUGUAACGACUUGUGGGGAGCUAUAUAAUUUUUAUCAUUGGGGUUUUUUAUUUUUUUUUUUUUUGUGUUGGGAGGAGGAGGGGUUAUGAAUGAUUAUAAAGGGUAUGCGCUAAUGUCUGUAUGUGAAUUUACUAUGAACACCUCCCCGUUCACAAAAAAAAAAUGGAAAUAUGACAUGGUUAUCUAUUUCAUGUAGGUAGGUAUGCAUGCGUAAAUUGAGAGUAUAGGUUCUGCAAGGGUGAUCAUUUACUGGUGAAAAAUAAAAAUCAUGAUUAAAUGUUAACAAUUAUAUCUUGAACCGUUUAGGAAAAUCAUUUUAGGAAUCUUUAAUAAUUUACAUUUACAUAAUGUCAAAAAUUGGCUAAAGUUGACAAUAAUAAUGCACAUAAUAUACACUAUACUAUCUACUACACUAUAGGUAUGAUACAUUAAUUAAGUACCUAGGUAUUACAGAUGAUGUCGUUGAUUGAAAAUAAAUUAGACCCAUAUGGUAAUUGGGGGUUCUUUUAAGACUGUAAACUUCCAUAUAAAACUAUUUUUAACGUAAUCAAGAAAAAAUGAGAAGAACAUAAUAUAGAAACAAACUGUUAAGAAAAAAAAGCUUCACUCAGUAUUGUUUUUAGAUGUGUCACUAUUAAGUUUAAUAUUUUUUUUUAAUGUGAUAAACACACUAAGGAUAAUAUUUUUGUUUUUUUUUUGUGGUAAAUAUAAAGAAUUUUGUCCAAACGAAACAGAAACUAUACUUAAUAAUCAGGUAGUAUAUAUUAUAUUGUUAUAUACGUAUGUUAAACCCACAUACUAAAAACAAAUGUCCACUGGUCCAGUGGUGCAGUUGUACCUUUGUAUGGCCACACGGUAGUUGGAGCUUGGGUUACUGCUUACAUGAUAACAUUAUACUGUUAUACUAAAAACUUUUGUAAUUAUUUAUGUUACCUAUCAGUUACUCGAUGGUUUUCUCGUAAGUUUAAAAUACAGUAUUUAUGGACUUGAACCUUUUUUUCGAUAUAAGCCGCGUAACACUUAGUGUAAUUUACUAUUUUAUUUAUUGUAAACCAAUGAGGUAUCGCCAUAUCGGCAAACCUGUCUGAAAAGUUUGUUAUUAUAAUCAUAAAUUUAAUAUAAGACGACGUAAUUUGUGCCUAUUUGACUAUUACAUAAAUAACAUAUUAACACCUUUUAAGAUUAAUUAAUAAUAAUAAUUGUUGUAUCGAUAUUGAAACGUUAAUAGAGAUUUAUAAGGGUAUAUAUAUUUUGUCUCCCACAGUGUUAUAGUAUAUUAUUAAAACAUAAUAUUUAUUGUGUAAUUAGAAAGGUAACAUUUUACUUUUUACUUUAAUAUAUUAUUAUAUUUAUCUCCAUCGUCGACCAAUAUUGUCAAAAUGUCAAGCUUAGUGAUUUGGAAAUUUGUUCUUAUAUUUUCCAACAUAUUAUGCAUAUAGAAUUUUUUAUUGUAAUAAUAAGUUGAGCAACGCAACAAACACCAAUUUAAUUGCGCAACGCGCGUAUAUUAGAUAACAUUACCUAUUUAUAAAUAAAUAAUAUUAAUUAUUAUAGUUUGUAAGAAUUUGGUCUACAAAAGUGUGUAUUGAACAAAAAAUAUUAUAUGCUCGUACCUAUAUACCUAGAUAUAUUAUAACCGAGUUGUCGAACGGAAACGUCCGGAUGUAAUAUUAUUUAUACGAUGAAAUUAUCAUAACAUAUUAUUACGCAUGUACGAUUUUGUCGAGUAGAAAACCUUUUUUGUGGCGUCUACUAAAUUUUUAUCGAAUAUAAUAUUAUUAUACACUUAUAUGACGUGUGUGUACGCGUGCAUAUAUUAUCAAAUACACGAAUAUUAUGGUAUUAUAAUAUAUAAUAUAAAUUAUUAUUAUGAAAAUGUUC